GCGAAGCCCUAGCGUUUCUGGUUCUGGGCUGCGACCCAUCCAUCUCCCCGCGGGACCCGUGAGGGUGAUUGCUUCGCCCGCUUCUCGCCCGGAAGAGAGCGGCCUGGGCCCGCCGAUGGACCGGGAGACGCGCGCCACGGCCGAGCAACACUUCCAGGCCGCGGGGGCCGGAAUCCGGGGCGGUGGUCUGGCGCCGGUAGGCGUCGCCUUCAUCCGGGAGCCCUGCGCCUUCUCUUACGCCGACUUCGUAACGGGCUUCCUGCUGCCCAACCUGCCCUGCGUGUUCUCCAGCGCCUUCACCGCGUCCUGGGGCUGCCGGCGGCGCUGGGUGACGCCCGCGGGCAAGCCGGACUUUGAGUAUUUGCUGCGCAAGUAUGGAGACGUAGUGGUACCUGUGGCCAACUGUGGGAUCCAGGAAUACAACUCGAAUCCCAAGGAGCACAUGCCCCUGCAGGACUACAUCGCCUACUGGCAGGAGUAUAUCCAGCGUGGUGGCUCCUCCCCACGGGGCUGCCUCUACCUCAAGGACUGGCACCUGUGCAGUGGCGUGUGCUGCAGCCGUGCGCUCCACAGGGGCUCCCCUGCAGAGGACCUGGAGGACGUGUUCACCCUGCCCGCGUACUUCUCCUCCGACUGGCUGAAUGAGUUCUCGGAUGCCUUGGGUGUGGACGAUUACCGCUUCGUUUACGCAGGGCCCAGGGGCACCUGGUCCCCGUUCCACGCCGACAUCUUCCGCUCCUACAGCUGGUCGGUCAACAUCUGCGGGAGGAAGAAGUGGCUGCUGUUUCCCCCGGGGCAGGAGGAGGCCCUGCGGGACAACCACGGCACCCUGCCCUAUGACGUGACCUCCUCCACGCUCAUGGACACCCACCUGCACCCCACACACCUGCCAAGCAGCCCAGCGCUGGAGGUCGUGCAAGAGGCUGGGGAGAUGCUAUUUGUGCCCAGUGGCUGGCACCACCAAGUGCACAACCUGGAUGACACCAUCUCCAUCAACCACAACUGGGUCAACGGCUGCAACCUGGCCAACAUGUGGCACUUCCUGCAGCAGGAGCUCCAGGCUGUGCAGCGAGAAGUUGGCCAGUGGAAGGACUCCAUGCCCGACUGGCACCACCACUGCCAGGUCAUCAUGAGAUCCUGUUCAGGGAUCAACUUUGAAGAAUUUUACCACUUCCUCAAGGUCAUCGCUGAGAGAAGGCUUCUUGUCCUGGGACAGGGGGAGCAGGGGGAACUAGGGCCCAGCGCAGGCCUGGGGCUGGGCCUCCAGCAGGCUGCAUUUGACAUUGGCCGCCUUGCAGAGGUGCUGGCCUCUGUGGUCGAACACCCUGACUUCCAGCGGGUAGACACCAGCAUGUUCUCGCCCCAGCCUUGGGAACUACUGAGGCAGCUGGAGGACGCCCUGGUAGCCACCAGGGCCCUUUAGUAUCAGUGAGGGUUGGAGCGCCAGCAGGCACCAGGAGAAGACGGCUUUGCCCAGGGCCUUAAAGUAAAGGCCGUCCUGUCUGUGUGGCGGGACAGGUCCCUGGAGAGCAGAGCAGAGCAGAGUGAGGCCCCUUUCCUGGGGUCCAAGCUGGGGAUCCUUGGGAAGGUCCAGUCAGGGUGGGAGCUCAGCCACUGACAAGCACCUGGGGUCAUAAGAUAUCUGCCCCCCUGGCCUGCAGUGAGUAUGAUGAGCCACGCUUCCACAUUCCCCUCACCUUCCCAUAGCCUCCUGAGUGGCAGGGAUCCAGGCUGCCUGUCCUGGCGUCCCCAUGUGGCUGGGCCUGUCUCCAGGUCACAGAUGCAUGUGUCGCCACUGCCCUGUGCUGUGCAUCUUCUAGCUCUGCCUUGGGGACCCCAGGCCCCAGCUGGAGGACUUGGGCACCUUGUGCAGGUGAAGCUGGCUUGUGAGCUGACCAGUGUUCACCCAUAGCAGCAGGCACAGCAUGAGCAGGUGAGGAACCCAAGUACUGGCCCAGGUGGGUGCCUGGGCUCUGGGUCCUGCUGUGUCCAGAGGCCACACACUGGUUUGUCCCGUGGCCUGGCAGGCCGUGUCUGCAUGUAGCUGUUCUCAUUGCACACAGUGGUGUUCUGGAAAGGCAAGCAAGCCGUUCCCAGCCCAUCCACAGUGCCCCGUGGUACCCUGUGCCUCUGGUUCCUGUGUGUCACCCUGUUCUCCACACGUCUCCACCCCUCACAGCCCCAUUCUUAGUGGCAGGUGCAACUGUGGGCAGAGGUGCAAGGCCCGCGUGAAUCGGCCGCUUGCUUGCCCUGACCUUGGCCCCAAGGGCAGGUGAGGGCGCACAGAAGGUUGGGAUGGGAUGGACUCUGAGUCCCAGCUCUAGGGGACCUGGGACCCCGUUCUCCAGUGGGAGUCAUGGGUCUGCCCAGUCCCUCGUGACCUGGAGCCCCUGUCACUUUGAGGGGGUCCCCUCAGAGCAGGAGGGUGACAGCCUCACAGGCCUAGACGUGCCCUGCUGUGAUGUCCUGUGGGACUGCCUGGCCCCUGACUAGAGUGGAAGCCCAGGAGGGCAGGGACUUGUUCUGUCCAAUGAAUUACGCUGGGUACCUGGGAGGUGGCUGUGCAGCAGGUGCCUCACCAACGUGCCAGCUGGAUGUGCCCCAGCCGCGUCUUCCCAGCUUCCAGAGAGGGUUGAGCGCCCCUGAAGCCCGGGUCCAGGCUGGGGUCAUUGGGUUGGGAUUGUAGGCCUUUGUAGGGGACAGGGGAAGGGGACGUUACCAGAACCUCUGCAGUGAGUCCUGGUCUCCUGCGAGCCACGGCAGCACACGGCGAAUUACAGGAAAGGUAGAAAAAUGAGGCUGAGAAGAAGCUGAGCUUUGGGUCUGAUCAGUGCUGCUCU